GUGUUGAUCGACCUGCUACCCGUACAACUUUGUCUUGGUCUACAGUACCGUACGCUCUGCUCUGAUCAGUCUCUACUACUAUUUAUAGCUGCAUAGCUAGCUAACUACAGUACCAGUAGUAUGAAUAACAAUAGAAGCCUCCCCCCAGAAGGCUCUAUUGAACGCGGCACGGUAUCGCGAAUCGAAACAUACGGUGCCUUUUGCGACUUGAACAAUUACCAUCGACUGCGUGGCUUGAUUCACAUUUCUCGGUUGGCCAACUCCAAGGUGGACCGUGUGGAAGACGUGGUUUCGGUGGACGAUGUAGUGUGGGUCAAAGUCUUGGAGGUUUCUACAAGUCAAGACGAACAAACCGGAAGAACGCGCCACAAGAUUAGUUUGUCGUUAAAAGACGCCAGUCAAGAAGAUGGCUCUGAUUUGGCCGCCCAAGAUGCGCAACAGCAGGCACUGUCGCAACAGAUCCAGCAGAAUUUACAGUCCAGUAUUGGAAUGGGAGUCGCCAUUGAUCCCAUGGCACAACACACGACCAGUAGCAGUCGCAGUAACAAUCGAUUGAUUCUCAAGCAUCAGCCCAAGAAACAUGAAACCGUCAUUAAUGGAUAUGCACUCGUCGAUGAUGAUGAAGGAGAGCCUGAACCGCCUCCACCUUCACAACCACCACGACAUUAUCAACGUCAAUCAGACAGUAAGCAACCAACCACAUCGGCAUCCGAUACUCGAACAGCAGCAACAGCAACACCCACUUCCAUUGCACCCAUGGGACGAGGAAGAGGCACCACUCUUCCCGCGUGGAUGACACGGCAACAACCAAUGCAACCACCAGGAGACGAUGCCAUUACCAAAAAAGAAAAAUCACACAAAAGCGAGCGAAAACACAAGAAAGAGCGACGACACCGGGACGAAUCACCAGAUAGUCGCAGCAGCGAGGAUCGACCCAAACACCGAAAACACAAACGCAAACACCGCGAGCGAAAGCACAAACACAAACGCCGUCGUCGGAGUAGAAGCAGGAGUGUCUCCUCGUCGUCAUCUGAACGUGAAAGCAGGAGACGACACCGCAGUAAACGCCGACACUAUCAUAGCAGUGAUGACAGUGAUGAGAGUGACAGGGACAAUCGAAAGUCAAAACGACGCAGUAGGGACGAUCGUCGUCGUGAUAAAAGUCGUUCUCCACCACCAAAAGACAACAACGACCAAUUUCAGAGUGUGGAAGAUGCACAACGACUUAUUCAACAACUCGAAGCCAAAAAGAAGCAACGACACAAAGACAGGGAUUGAAUUGGAUUUUAUUUGAUUAUUCUACUAGAGAGGGAUGAACACGGAUGAAGGAACCAUCGUUACGUGCGUGCAUGCAUGCAUGUAUGUUACAAACAAACACAACUUGGGGGCAAAAGAACCUACUAACUAUAACAAACGAAACGCCAUGCAAAGCAUUCGUGCGAAUGGCAAACAAUAAUAAGCAAUCUAUCUAGCUGUAUACGGUACCGUAUCGGAUUGCAAUGGCUGGUGAUCAGCCAAAAUGGUUCCCAAACCUUUCAGGCAGUAUCUGGAUUCAUCCACGGGAUGCGGACAGUGCUUUUCGUCUUGCCAGUGCCCAUGACUGCAAUCCCUUGUUUGCAGCUCAUGACAAUAAGUACUACCGGUACGUACAACGGCUCUUUCUGGCUACACGGUAGGAUCCAGCUCCUGCGUGUCCAUCCCAGAUCAUGUGGCAUAUCAUUCUUAUUAAUCAGAACUAAAUAUUUGAGAUUACAUACA